UAUUUAAUUUAUUCAUUAACUAUCAGUAAAUUAAAAUAAUUAAGUUAAAAAACGAUUAAUAAAAUGCAAAAUAUUCAUUUAAGGACCAAAAAAAUGAUCAACACAAAAAGAAAUUGUGCUGAAAUUAUCCAUACCAUGUUUUAUAUUAAGUUUGAAGAUAACAAUUUUAUCAAAAAAUUUCCAGAUUGGGAAAUAUUGCCCAUGACAAUAGAAAAUGAGUUAAUUUAUGCAAUUCGUGAACGUGAUGCUAUUAAAAAACAAUUAAAAAAUAAACGAAAAGAUAAAUAUAUAUUUGAUAAAAAAAUGAAACAUCAAUGGAAGGACUUAAAACUUAAAAAAAAGAGGCUAAAAGAGGAUGAAAUAAACUAUAAUCAACUUUCAUUAGAGAUAAAAGACAAAUGUAAUGUAUUAAUAUCUAAAACAAGAGAAGACAUCGAAGAAAAAAAUUGUUUAGAAAUACAAAUCGAUCCAAUGCUACAAUCAAUUAUACAAAUUGAAGAAAAUUCUAAAAAAAUGCAACGAAACGUUGAUCAACUUAAGCCAUUUGAAGAUUUUUUGAUGAAAGUUAUAGAAGAACCGAAAAAUUGCAAAACCAUUGAAGAUAUGAUAAAAAAAUAUGAAAAUUUAACUAAAAUGAAAAAAGAAUUAACGCAAAAAUACGAAUUGAAAUCAUUAGAGAUGUAUGGAGUAAAAACCGAUUUGUAUAAACAAUCAAAAGAAAAAAGCAAAGAAACUGAAAAUAUAUCAGAUGAACUAGCAGACGUUACAGAUUGUUGGGUAAAAACAAAAGAAAAUAUAGUAAAAGUAGACAUAGCAUUUCGACACCUUGAGAAUAUGGCAAAAGAAAAAAACAUAGAAUACGACCUGAUAACAUCUUCCAUAUGGAAUAUCUACGAACAAACAUGCAAACGCGUGAAAUAUCCAGUAUCUAAUAAAAAAAUUGAUAUCGAGACUCAAUUGAAUUUUAUUGCAAAUGAAUAUCAAGAGCUAACUAAAGUACUACAAAUGGCAAAGAAGAUAAAAGAAAAAAUUAUUAAUAAACCGUAAAUGAAGUGAUAAUAAUGUCAUUCUAGUCAUAGGCCUAAAUAGUGUUUUCAAUUUUGGGAUGUCAUCAAAACUUGAUGUGUUGAUGAUGUUUAACAGCUUUGUGGACUUAUGUAGAACAUUGGUAUUCCCUAUUGAUUGUGACGCGACUGGAUCUAGAACAAUCUAUUAAUGUGUAAAUUAACCAAAUGUUAUGGCAAGCAGCGCGCGUACGGUCGAAGUUAUAAAAAGACGAGCUAUUCGCUUCUGGUUGUCAGUACCGAGUUCAAUGUCAUUAACAGAGCGGCUUCAAUAAUUUUACUUUGUUUUACUGUUUUUACUUGACAUUCUAAAAGUAGAAUUGUUUGUUUACAAUUUCCAUUUGCACGUUUUCGAUCAUUCUUUCUUAUUUUGCAAACAAUUGUUAUCAAUUUUAAAUCGCUUUAAAAUUUUAUUUUUUUUAUCAAAUAUGUAUUUGAAUCCGUGGAUUAGAAAGCACUCUACUAUAAGACAGGUGAUCAACAAGUUAUUGUCGAUCAAUACGAACAAUACGAAGAAAUUUGACACAGUUUUCAAAAAAAACAAAUCAGUGAUUUCGAUGUCAGGGAUGACAAAACGAAGUCAUUGAAAGGCACUAUGAUUGCAGUCUUCUUUCAAUUCAGGCUGCGUGAAAAAAAUUCAAGUUCCUACUUAGGCACUAGUUGAAAAAACAAUGAAUAUAUGACAUAAUAAAACUGCGGCCAAUAUGAGUACUUUGAAACAGAAAUGUGUCAAACAAAAUAUAACAGAACGAAACUCAAUGUGUGGAUAAUUGUUUGUUUUGAAAAAAUUCUAUUGGUUUACAAAAGCUAUAAAUUCGAGAAAAACGAACUUUAGAAUGUGUAAAUUGUUAACAUAUUAUCUGUGUAAGAACUAAGAAAAACAUUUCAGAUGUAAAUACAACUAAAGAAAAUGAUCUCAUUUAGAAAUAUAUUAAAAAUUUUCUUUGCCUAUUGAGAACACUGCACUCAUGUCUUAAUUCAAUAUUUUUUAACAUAUUCUGCAAUAAGUAUUAUAUUAAAAUUGUAUUUGUUUUUAUUUAAUGUUAUUAAUUUACUUAUAUCAUAAUUAUUUAUUAGUGCAAUACUUAUACAAUAAAAAAUAUAUUUAUGCCAA